AAGAAGAUGUCGCGCCUGGAUGAGCCGAACGUCCCCCGGCGGAGACAGGAGGUGGCCCUGCUGAUCCUGAGGAGGCUGGCGAGGCUGCGGCCCGGUCUCGGUGCAGUCUGUGUGCGGUCGGUGCCUCCGCCGGCAACCGCCUGUCAUGUGGCUACAUAUAAAACAUUUAUCACAGGUCCUGCAGUGACGCGCGGCUGGCGACCAUCCCCCGGCUGCCGACGGAUGCUCUCUGCCUUCCCCGGUGACCCGCAUGUGUCCGCGGACACUCCGUGUGCCGUGUGUCCGGAACUGAGUCCUAGCGGACACGGUAAAACCAGACAGGUGUCCGGAGCGCCCGUGUCCUGCCCAGACCCUCGCUCUGGUAGACACAGGCUGGUAGGGAUCGUAGCGUGGAGUGGUAAGCGUGGUGGUAAGGGUCAUCCCACGGAGUUCAUACGCCUCCAGCCCUUCUACCGAUGGAUUGAAAAUCACGUGACGCGUUAUUUUCGGUACCACCACCCAUACUUUGACCAGUUGCAAGAGUAGAGCAGGUUACGUGACUGCUGAUUGCUAUGGCGACUUGGGAAGGGUUCAUGCGGAGUGAAUGAAGCACUUGAAUAGAACGAAUUGAAACGAUCUCCAUUAGCGUCGUAAAGACACGUGUUAAUUGUUCCGGGUUGCAUCUGUGCAUAUCCAUUCAUUGACCGUCUGAGACUGUGCGAUGAGAAUGAGAAGGAAUCUGCGCAUCGAUA